UCGACAGCGAACACAAUGAGGACGGACAGUCUGUCACAGGGAAGUCCAGUGAACACAUGCUAUGAGAAAUUUAUCACCAACCCAUUGGGUUCAGAUGGUCCAGCGAGAGGAGGAGGAGAAUGGGAGAAGGAUGAGGAAUAUGCACAGCCGCUGCGCUGCGCCCGCUCACCCUCAUCACUUCCUCGGCUGGCCUGGUCAUCAACGGCGUUUCCAGCGACUGCCCACCCUUCGCGCUUUGACGCCAACAUUGUGGUUGAUGUCGUCCAUCUCCAACUUCACUUUCCCGAUGUCCUUGAGCAAAGCAGCGCUUCUGACGUUUGCCAGCUGCCCGGCCGCCUCACACGCUCUGCCGACGGAGUUGGUCAAUGUCGAUGGCGUUGGGCUGCAGAUUCGCCUGGCACAUCCCGCUGAAUACCGCCAAACGUCACAGCCACUGCUCACCGCAUCGGACCAGCUGGCCUCCGCAGCGUACUGAUGUCGUCGGGGUCCCAUCUUCGCUCCUGCAUCUCGCUGACACGCUGACAGGCGACAGGACAAUCUUGCCAAAUUCUCUCACACGCGGUGGUCUCAGGGUUGGAGCUUACGACGCAGCAGGAGGCCGAUGACAACACUGCAGCAGGCUCCGUUCGGAUCCACCUUCACCUUUCCCAUCUCGCUGAGCAGCGCCAACGCCUGCUGCCACUGCCUGGCCCUCUCACACGCGCUGAUACCAGCGAAGUAGCUGAUGGCGUUGGGCUCCAGAUCCACCUCACAAAUCUGGCUGAACAGCGUGCAAGCCCGCUGCCACUGCUCGCCCUUCCCGCACGCGCUGAUGCCAGCAUUGUAGCUGACUUCGUUGGGCUCCAAUUUCGCCUCAUGCAUCUCCCUAAGCAGCGCCAAAGCCCGCUGCCAUUGCUCGCUUUUCUCGCACGCGCUGAUUCCAGCGCUUGUAGCUGACUUCGUUGGGCUCCAAUUUCGCCUCACGCAUCUCCCCAAACAGCGCCAAAGCCCGCUGCCAUUGCCCGCUCUUUUCGCACGCGCUGAUUCCAGCGCUGCAGCUGAUGACGCUGGGCUCUAGCUCCGCCUUGCACAUCUCGCUGAGCAGCGCUAGCGCCCUCUGCCAUUGUCCGCCCUUCCCACACGCGCUAAUCCCAGCGCUGUAGCUGAAGUCGUUGGGCUCCAGCUUCGUCGCGAAAUUCUCGCUGAGCAGCGCCAGAGCCCGCUGCCACUGCUCGCCCUUCCCGCACGCACUGAUCCCAGCAGUGUAGCUGACUUCGUCGGGCUCCAAUUUCGCCUCACGCAUCUCCCUAAGCAGCGCCAGCGCCCGCUGCCAUUGAUCGCUCUUUUCGCACGCGCUGAUUCCAGCGUUGUAGCUAGAUGACAGUGGGCUCUAGUUUCGCCGCACGCAUGUCGCUGAGCAGCGACAAAGCCGGCUGCCACUGCGCGCCCUUCUCGCACGCGCUGAUGCCAGCAUUGUAGCUCUGAUGACGUCGGGCUCCAACUUCCCCUCAAACAUCUUGCUGAGCAGCGCCAGAGCCCGCUGCCACUGCCCGCCCUUCUCGCACGCGCUGAUCCAAGCGUUGUGGCUGAUGACGUUGGGCUCUACUUUCACCUCACGCAUGCCGCUAAGCAGAGCCAAAGCCCGCUGCCACUGCCCACCCUUCUCGCACGCACUGAUCCCAGCAGUGUAGCUAGAUGACGCUGGGCUCCAGCUUCGCCUCACUUAUCUCGCUGAGCAGCGCGCAGGCUCGCUGCCACUGCUCGCCCUUCUCGCACGCGCUGAUGCCAGCACUGUAGCUGAUGGCGUUGGGCUCUAAUUUCGUCUCCCACAUCCCGCUGAGCAGCGCCAGAGCCCGCUGCCACUGCUCGCCCUUUCCGCACGCGCUGAUCCCAGCGCUGUAGCUGAUGGCGUUGGGCUCCAGUUUUGCUUCACACAUCCCGCUGAGCAGCGCCAAAGCCUGCUGCCACUGAAUGCACUUGUCGCACGCAUUGAUCCCAGCGUUGUAGCUGAUGACGUUCGGCUCCACGCUCGCCUCCCGCAUCUCACCGAGUAGAGCGCAAGCUCGCUGCCAUUGCUCGCCCUUUCCGCACGCGCUGAUCCCAGCGCUGUAGCUGAUGACGUCGGGCUCCAGCUGCGCCUCCCACAUCCCGCUGAGCAGCUCACAAGCCCGCUGCCACUGCUCGCCCUUUCUGCACGCGCUAAUCCCAGCGCUGUAGCUGAUGACGUCGGGCUCCAGCUUCACCUCCCACAUCCUGCUGAGCAGCGCACAAGCCCGCUGCCACUGCCCGCCCUUCUCGCACGCACUGAUCCCAGCAUUGUAGCUAGACGUCGUUGGGCUCCAAUUUCGCCUCUCGCAUCUCCCUAAGCAGCGCCAAAGCCCGCUGCCAUUGCUCGCUCUUUUCGCACGCGCUGAUUCCAGCGCUGUAGCUGAUACUGCGUCGGGCUCCAAUUUCGCCUCACGCAUCUCCCUAAGCAGCGCCAAAGCCCGCUGCCAUUGCUCGCU